GAGAACGAGGAAAUGGGCGGGGUCAUGCCGGGUAGCGUUCGGCUGGUUUACCGUAUAUCCUCAUCACUUCCGGUACACACCGUAAUCACCUGUGACGGCGCGACACUGUGCGGCGCUGUACCAGCUUGCACGGUACAGCCGCGAGGUAUGUGGCUAACAGAGGUGUCAGUGCGCACAGAUCCAGGUUACUGGGAGACUCAUUACAAUGGAAAGUGCUGCAGUCUUGUUAGAGUCCAAGUCUCUGCCUGUCCAUCUCCUGAAUGAAAUGUACCAGCUACGGCUACUUGGCCAGUUAUGUGACGUGACUGUUCGGGUGGAGCAUCAGGGGAACAGAGAAGAGUUUACUGCCCACAAGUCUGUCCUGGCUGCUUCCAGCAAGUACUUCAAAGAGGUGUUCAUCAGUGACCACCCCUUGGGUGCCACCACCACCUCUGUAUUUUUGAGUGAAGUGGCGGCUGUGGACUUUGCCUCAUUCCUGGAGUUUGUCUACACAGCCAAAGUAGAAGUGGAAGAAGACCGAGUACAAAGGAUGAUUGACAUAGCGGACAAACUCAAAUGUGUCAAUCUGGCCGAAACCUGCAUACAACAUAAGAAGCAGAUGCUGGAGGAAUCCGUGUGGUUGGACCUGCAAAAUAUUACAGAAUCCCAGGAGGCUGAAGAAGACAUCCAUGAACUGCAGAUAAACUCUAUAGUGGAGAUCCAGUCACCCGCAGAAGAAAUUCCAAAUGCAAGUAAUGCCACCAACCUUCCCAGUUCACCAGACAGAAAAACUGUUGUGGAGUCAUGCGAAGAACCCUCGACAGCUAUAGUUUUGGAAGAGUAUGUCGAAAAAAAGAAAGAUCCCUUGAAGCUUUCAAACUCAAAGUCCAGGAGAGCCAGUGGCCGCCUCGCUGGGAGAAAAGCGGUUGUGGAGAUCCCUAAGAAGAAGUACACCAGGAGACUGCGGGAGCAACAGGAUAUUGAAGAGGUCAACUCCUUGCUGAAUGGCAUUGGAAAGGAACAGAGCCUGUGUAACGACGAGCUGAUGGAUGAGCAGACGGAGGACAGUAUAAAGGCCGAAGAUGAUGAAGACAGUCCCGGGGAACUGGAGGAAAGUGAAAAAAAGCCUAUUGAAGAUAAUAAAUGCAGUGAGGUGGUCUCGUGCCCUGUCUGUGGGGAAAACUUUGAAGAUGAAAAAAGUUACCUGAGACACUCUAAGCAGAACCACGGGGGCUCAGAGGAAAUCUACCAGUGUGAGAUCUGCAAUCAGACGUUUGCUAAUAGAUGCAACCUGAAAAGCCACCAGCGCCACGUGCACAGCAACGAGCGGCAGUUUCCUUGUGAGCUCUGCGGCAAAAAGUUUAAAAGGAAAAAAGACAUUAAGAGGCACAUUCUGCAAGUGCACGAGGGCGGUGGGGAGAGGCACUACUGCCAGCAGUGCGGGAAGGGGCUGAGCUCCAAAACCGCAUUGAGGAUUCACGAAAGAACACACACCGGGGACAAGCCCUUUGGAUGUUCGCAGUGUGAGGCCAAGUUUUCCCAGACUUCUGCACUUAAAACGCAUAUGAGAAUUCACACUGGAGAGAAACCAUUUGUCUGUGAAGAGUGUGGAGCAAAGUUUACACAGAACCACAUGCUUAUAUACCAUAAGCGGUGUCACACAGGAGAGCGACCGUUCAUGUGUGAAACCUGCGGGAAAAGCUUUGCCUCCAAAGAAUAUCUAAAGCAUCACAACCGCAUACACACAGGCGCCAAACCGUUUAAAUGUGACAUCUGCUUCAGGACGUUUGCCCAGAGGAAUUCUCUUUACCAACACAUUAAAGUUCACACUGGAGAACGGCCCUAUUGUUGUAAUCAGUGUGGAAAGCAAUUCACUCAGCUGAACGCACUGCAGCGGCACAAUCGCAUCCAUACCGGAGAGAAACCUUUCAUGUGCAUUGCGUGUCAGCGGACAUUCACUGACAAGUCCACGCUCCGCAGACACACCACGAUCCAUGACAAAAAUACGCCAUGGAAGUCAUUCCUUGUUGUCCUGGAUCCGAAAGCUGAAGACGGGGACAAGUCGGAGCUUACCGAAGACGAUGGUGAGGAUUCACCGAAACCUGAAGAAAAGCUGGCGUACUCGGAGAACAGCCACUAUCAGAAUCUGACAGUCGUGCCAGGAACUGUAGACUUACUGCAUGAAAACACCACUACCUCUAUUUUGGGCUGCAAGGCGGACUGCACAAUUAUACCUCAGGACGUGUACAUAGCCACCACAUUGAGCCACCUGACCGUCCUCCACACGCAGACUGAAUCUAUCCAAGCAAUGGUCAGCUUAGAGUAACUCAGUGCGAAUGGAGCUGAGUCUGAAAUAGCCGUGUAGACGGACGGAUACAUGUCCAGCAAUCUUGGGGGGUGUUGUAUCAAGCCUUCUACGGAGUGGAUAAGUUGACUAUUUCAACCAACAGUCUUCUACCAGUCUUUUUACAGAAUGUACUUGACAAAUGCUAACUACAAGUUUCUUGGUUGUUAUUGGCAACUUCCCAACUCUAUAUGAGGCUUGAUACAUCUCCCCCCCUCUAAAUUUACCUCUGUUCGUAAACUUCUAUAAACAUUUUGGCAUACUGUACCGAGAAAAUGCUGCAUUAUUUUUGUAAGCGGCUGUUGUAGCGGUUUCAUUGUCUUGAAUGACGUCUUUUGACAAUAAAUUUCCAUUCCAACCUUCA